AUGUAUGGGGAUUUGGCUAAUAAACUAAUAUUGGAAGCCAAGAGAUCAAAGCAAUUAAACAGUAGAUCAAAAGAUGCUUCUAAACUUUCAAUGUAUCAUGAAGAACUCAUAAGAAAUAUCUUAAAGGAAAUUUCACAGUUAAAGAGAAACACAAACUACUUGAGGGAGCAACAAGAAAUGGGGAACAUGGAUAGUCGAGUUGCCAAAUGUCAAUACUUUGUUACAUUACUAUGUAUGGAACGUAACAAACGUUGUUUAUUGGCUUAUCAAAAAUUUAGAAACGAUGUUCUUGAUAGUCUAGCAUGGGAAAAUAAUGGCAUGGAUUUAUUACAUGAUAAUGUAGGAAUUACACAAGACAACUCUGAUCUGUCACCCCAAGAACAAGAGUACUUGAAAGAAUAUUCACAAUUAAUAACGGAAAUGAAAGGUGGAAUAUUAUCUGAUAUAGAUAUAUCGGGGAGCUUAGAUCCUCCUAGUGAUGUCUUCAUCGAUGUUCGAGUGUUAAAAGAUGCAGGUGAAAUUCAAACAGAGUACGGUGUGUUUAAUCUAAUUAAAGAUUCACAAUUUUUUGUUAGACAGUCUGAUAUUGAGAGGUUGAUUCAACAAGGUUAUGUGCAAAAAAUAUGA